CAUUUGGUACCGCCAGACUGCGCUCGAGGAACCGACACGAGCAUCGAAAACAAUAGCUAGCUUCAGGAAAAUCGUGUACACAUACACAUGAAAAGGGGGAGGUGGGUGAGUGUGCGUGAGUGGGUGGUGUGUGUGCAUUAGACGUGGUCUUUGGUGGCCCCCCCUUGUGCACUGGCGCUGCAAAUCGACCAGCCAUUGGCUGGGCUGGGCAUAGUCAGAGGCGGAGCCUCGCCGGAGUGGGCGGGUUCUUAUCCUCCCCUCCUUUUCCUGUGUAUAUCCCAUCCAUGGUCUUGUACAAGUGUUUCAAAGCUGGCGCUUCUCUAUUCACAGCGGCACACUGCGCAUCCAUCCAUCCAUCCAUCCAGACACAGAGCCCUGCUGUGUGCUGCACUGCCGAUAGAGCGGAGGAGACAAGUUUGGCUGGGCAAGGAAUAAGGCCAGGCCAGCAUCAGGACAGAGGGAGUCGGAAGGGGGCGGAGUGUGUCGAGUUGUAUGUGAGAGAGAAGGGAGGGGGGAGUCGCCUUGAGAGUUGCGCGGGCCAAAGGGCCACGCUCGGCAGACCGUGGAACGUGUCCAGUCAGCUAUUCAGCCGUGGAGCGAUCCCAUCCCAGGCAUAUCCCCUCUUAGAGCCGGAGUUUCAGUGUCGCCGCCGUGGAGCGAGCAGCCGAGUGCUUAAUGAGCGCAGACAAGCGUUGAUCAUCGCAGAACCGUUGAAACGCUUUUCUUUUCAUUCCGUCCGAUUGUCUACUCUUACGACGACUACUACUACACCAACACCAUCCUGCCAUCGGCACUGUGCGAAUCAGUCACGCCGAUAUUUUUAUCUUUCUUUCUUUUUGAUCGCCAUCCAAUCGUUUGCCCAUCAUUUGGUUUGGCCCUGACAUCGUCAACUGUUUUUUAAAAAGAGACUCUCUACCGUCUUGUGGCUGUGUGCGGGGCCUAUCGAACUUAUGUGUGUCGUGUCGUGAUAAUUUGUGCUUCGAUCGAAAUUAUUUCCGCCGGUAGAAUUGCAGCAAUUGUUGUAAUAAGAUUCAAUCACGUCAUCCGCUGGAAAGAAAAAAGAAUAAGGACAGGGCUGUGAGACUGAUCGACGCACCUGGGCCAUUGAUUUUUCCCUGGCGAUUAUAGACGCUCAAUUGCCGCAGUGAUUGACUUUCUUUUGAGUCUCCGUGUGUGCGCGUGCAAAAUAUAAAAAUAACUCAACGUCCUCAUCAUCAUCAACAACAGCUGGUUGCCAAAAAUAGCAACACCAAUCAGCAUCUGCUCUUGAGACGACAUUUGAUUGUCCGAACCGACCGGGAUUAUCAUCAUCCCGUCCAUUUUUUGUCACCAAGUCGUUAACCAAAAGCCUCCAAAAUUCAAGCCUUCAGCGAAGCCAGCAUGCCGCACAAAGCUGACUUUUGUUUCCACCAUUCAGGGCAUAGCGGCGUCAACCAGCUAGGCGGAGUCUACGUCAACGGCCGACCGCUGCCGGACUCGACCCGCCAGAAGAUCGUCGAGCUGGCCCACUCCGGCGCCCGCCCCUGCGACAUCUCCCGCAUCCUCCAAGUCUCCAACGGAUGCGUCUCGAAAAUACUCGGCAGGUAUUACGAGACCGGGUCGAUCAAACCGCGGGCUAUCGGCGGCUCCAAGCCGCGGGUGGCGACGUCUUGCGUCGUGACCAAAAUCGCCGACUACAAACGCGAGUGUCCGUCCAUCUUCGCCUGGGAGAUCCGCGAUCGCCUCCUGUCAGAGGGCGUCUGCAACAACGACACCAUCCCCAGCGUUUCUUCGAUCAAUCGCGUGCUGCGGAACCUGGCGGCGCAGAAGGAGCAGCAAUCGGCGGCGGCCGCCAGCGAGUCCGUCUACGACAAGUUGCGCAUGUUCAAUGGGCAGGCCGGCGGUUGGGCGUGGUAUCCGGGAGCUCCGCCUCCCACCCACCCGGCCCUUGCUCUGCCUCACGGUCACGUUCCGGCCACCCCGCUACCCAGCGGCGGCGGCGGACAUCACCUGAUACGCGACGAUCCCCACAAAAGAGAUUGCAACGAUGGCAACAUCUCCGAUGGCAAUUCCGACUUGCACAACUCGUCGGGCGAUGAGGAUCCGCAGAUGCGGCUGCGUCUCAAACGCAAGUUGCAGCGCAAUCGCACCUCCUUCACCAACGAGCAGAUUGAAAGUCUCGAAAAAGAGUUCGAACGGACCCACUAUCCCGAUGUCUUUGCUCGUGAACGACUCGCCGAAAAGAUUGGCCUACCGGAGGCUCGCAUUCAGGUGUGGUUCAGCAAUCGCCGGGCCAAGUGGCGGCGUGAGGAGAAACUGCGCAACCAGCGGCGCGGACCGGAAUCGACCAGCGGAGGCAGCGGAGGCAGCGGUGGGAGCGGAGGCGGUGGCGGAGUUGGCUCCUCCUCUUCGUCGGCGGCGGCGGCCGCUGCGGCUGCAGCCGCCGCCACUGGCCGUCUCAACAGCAUCAACUCGGGUCUCAACAGCAUGUACCCGAGCUUGACUCAACCUCUGGCAUCCAUGGCCGAACCCUACAGUUCGAUGGCAACGUCGCUGAGCAGCAUGGGCGGAAUGGGUGGCAGUUGCGGUCUUCAGCAGCGCGACCCGGCCACGGCGGCGGCCUACCCGUCGUACAUGUUCGCCCAUCACGGCGGCGACCCGCUCAGCUCGCUCCAAUCCUCGUACAAUCAGCACCAGCGGGCGGCGGCCGCGGCGGCCGCUUGCAGCGCCGCUCAGGCCUCGUCGGUCGCCUCGGCUCACAGCUACGCUACCAGCGCUCACGCUCAAACAGGUGUCAUAUCGGCCGGCGUCUCAGUUCCUUUGCAAAUACCCAGCCAUCAGGGAUCCGACAUCGCAGCUAAUUACUGGCACCGUCUCCAAUAAUCUAUCGGCUUCGACUAUCUAAACAAGUUCAAUCAACCAAAACAAUUUCACCCGGGGACUACCAGGAAACGUAAAUAUAAAAUAAUUGGCAUCGUUUGCGCCGAAUUGAUCUGGCGAGAAAUGAAAUAGAACUCAAAAUAUUUUUCGGUUUGGUGGGUUAUAUAUACCUGUGUGUUGCUUUUUUAUUAUUUGGUCCAAAUUCGUCUUCAUUUUCUUCUGAUUUCUCAUUUGAUAUUAUUAUUAUUGCGCUGUGGAUGUGGCGAGCUAAUCACAGGUGGGCUCAUUUCGAUGUGUAUUUCUAAAGAAAAAACAACUCGGUGUUUGUUCGAACUUCCCGAGACCUAUACAUAUUUACUCGUAGGCUCUAUUUACUAUAUAACCAAUUCAAUUGACGAAUGAAAGAUAACCCAAAAAAAAAACACAAUUUUUGCAAGUUUCUAAGACACUUUUUGACUUAACUCGUUUCUUAUUUAAACCCACCGCCGCCGCUCGUAGGACAUCAGUUGGCAGCUGCUGACUGUCCGUGUGACGGCCGAGACAAUUAAUCCUCCAGUGGUUGUGUCCGUUGACUAAUGUGCGUGCAACCCCCCUUUUAAAAAAACAAAAAAACUAAAUAUUAUCCCAAUCUCAAUUCAUUUUCUUUCUUUUCCUAUCCGAUGAUUAGACCUCUACUAUAUACAUAUUACACAGUAUACAUAUAAAAUAGCUCUCAUUUGCAGCUAUUAUUCACAUAAAAUAAAAUUAAUAGGUUGCCAUCAUACAUAUGCAGCACACAAUUUCAUUCUCUCUGUUUGUUGGUUUGUCGUGAGUGUGUGUGUGUGUGUGCGUCUGACCUGAUUUCAUCCUUCAGCAUUUGAUAUAUCUCUUCCCCAUACAAAUAAAAAAAUAACGACAAGUUAUAAAAUUCCUUUUAUUUGUAUGUAACACGUUGUUCAUAGGAUUGAUUCCUCUGAUUGUCUAUUCGAUAUUCCCUUCCUCUUAUCGACCCACCCCCAAUCCGCGUGAUUUUUUUCCAUUUUGUUUUUCUCGUUCUCUCGCCUGUGUGUGCGUGUACAUUUGUCAAUUCGACUGCCAAUAUGUCUUUAUAUAAUGAUCGUAUUCAGUUUUGUUUUGUUUAUUUGGAACUUUUCAUCUUAUAUGGGAGACGGUUGUAUAUGUAUAAGCUACUUUAAAUUAAUCAUGUGCUGGCUAUCGUAUGAAUAGCGUGUCAGGUAAGACACAUCGAAUUUAUUUUCUUCCCCACCCCCUUCCUCAUAUGAUAUGUUUUAACUAAAACUAACACACACACACACACACACGCAAAAGAAACAAAACUAUAUCGAGUAGGAAAAAUGUUGUUCAGAUGAUUUUUGUUUUUCUGUCGAUCCUCAGCAGAUGAUGUGAUCGACAUUCUUUUGUCGGUUUUGUCUUUUCGAUGAAAUGCCAUUAUAUAUCAAACAUUUUUUCAUUGGUCUGGAUUUUGUUAACUACCAGUUCUUCCGGCUCUCUCGUUGUGUUGUUUUUGUAUUAUUUCUUAAAAAAGAAACAAGCUGCUGAGACUCUUCAUCAUUUUCCUAUUUGACACUUUUUUCCACAUACAUCACUCCCUUCUUUCUCUAUCCCAAUUCCACUUUGUCUUUGUUGUCUUUCGGUGUGUCAAUACAAUUUAUAUGGCUUGAAAAAAAUAA